CGCGCGCUUUGCAGCGCCGAUUCGCCAUUCGUGACCCUCCGGGGGGCCCCCUCUCUGGGGGCCCCCCUCUUGGGGACCCCUUUUCGGGGGAGCUCCCUCCUGGGAGGUCCCCUCGUGAGGGGCCCCCUUCUGGGGGCCCCCCUCUUGGGGGUUCCCCCGCGGGGGGCCCCCUUUCGGGCAGGACGGGAGGGGGCCCCCCCAGGGCGGCGUUUAAGGGCCGGGAGGCGUGGAGGGACACGGAAGUUGCAGUUGCUGCUCUUUGCUGCUUUGCUGCUGUUGAAGCUGCGGCUUUUCAGCCUCUGUUUAGGGGCCUCGGGGACUGGCUGAAGGAGCAUCUGCAACAUUUGGGCCUGGAGGAAACAGCUCAAGUUCUUUCUGCCCUAGGCGCCCUCAGCUGCUAUCCGGAGGGCCUCAUUGCGGGGCUGCUCCCGCGGGCUGUCACCUUGCUUACAGCGCAGCAGGCCUUGUUUUCAAGCAGUCAGGAGGGCCCCUGUGCUGCAGCAGCAGCAGCAGCACAGCCCGAUGCAGCAGCACCGCAAGCCGCGGCAGAGCAAGCUGCAGCAGCAGCACCGCAGCCAGCCGCAGCAGCAGCGGCACAGCCAGCUGCGCCACCAGCACCCGGAGGAGCCGCUGGAGCAGCCCCUGCAGCAGUAGCAGCUGCAGCAGCAGCACCCGCAGCAGCUGCUGCAGCGGCGAAGCGAGCGCUGCGCAUCCUGCGGGCCCUGGGGCAGCUGCAGAAGCGAGAUGCUGAAGCACUGAGGGCUGUGGUUUCCCUCCUCGAGUAUGCAUCUGCGAGGCAGCUGCUUUCUCCUAAAGACUGCGUCGCAGCUCUUUACUGCUGCUACCGCCUCGACCUCUGGCACCCUGGCCUCUGCAGCAGCCUCCUCAGCCGCCUCCGCGCAAACCCCCCCUCUCUGCUGGAUACUCUGGGGCAGCAGCGGGCCACUAAUUUGCUGCUGGCGCUCAGUUAUUUCAGUAUUCUUUUUUAUCUUUUGAAUGUUUUAUAUGCUUUCGUGCUGCAGCUGCUGCGCCAUGCCCACUGCCUCUCCACCCCAGCCAUCUCUCAGCUGCAGACUGUGGAGUUGGCCUUCAGGGCUGGCCAUACUCCUUUUCCGGCUGAGUCAUUAAGUGCUUCUGCUCGCGAUUUGCUGCAGUGGGUCACUUUUGGCCCCUACACCCUCGACUUCGCCCAGCCACUCACUGAGGGAGAGCAGCAGCAGCAGCAGCAGCAGCAGGCUCUGGGGAUGUCUCUCUUGGACGCAGACGGACGCUGGUGUAGCUCAGCUGCGGAGAGGCUAAGGGGCGCGGCCGUGGUGGUGGAAGUGGAUGGGCCGCAGCACUUUUACAGAGAUUCUUUUCACUGGAACUCCUCCUCAAAACUCAAACACCAUCUCCUAACACGCUUGGGCUACCGCGUGGCUCACAUUCCUUACUACGAGGUUUUGCCGCUGCGGGGGGCGAGGGAGCUGCGGGAUCUUGUGAGCCGCGCAGUGGCGCAUGCGCUGCAGCCAGCAGCAAGCCCCGGACUGGGGGCUGGGGUGUACGUACACCCCAGAGGCGAAGACCCCUUUGCUGCAGACCCUGCAGCAGGAGCAGCAAUGAGCCAGCUGCUGGCAGCAGAGGGGCCCCCAGCAAGUAGCAGCAAGGACCCAGGGCUGCUUCUCGAGGGCGAAGAAACGGAAGAAGAGGCACUGCAGCAGCAGCAGCAGCAGCAGCAGGAGCUGCCGGAGGCGCUCAAGCAGCAGCUCAGGCAGGCCCGGAGAGCAGAUCCUCAAAAGGCCCUUCUCGUUUCAGUCCGACGCUGGAAGAGACAAAAAAGACAAAAAAUGAAGCAAAAAAUGCAAAAAGUGGGGGCCCCUGGGGGCCUCCCAAAGGCCAGCCCGUACCCCCCUUAG